UUCUAAUCUACGAAUAUUUAUCUCAUUUUACACAUUUUCCCUAGAAAAUCUAGAGGAGCGAAACGGCGAGAAAAUUUAGAGAGAGAGAGAGAGAGAGAGAAUAGAGUUUUCCUCAUGGUAGAGAGAGAAGAAUUUAAGAGAGAGAAGGGGGCAGAGAGGAGCAAUUUAAGCUUACAUGACGGUUGAUUCGCAGAGACUCUUUUCAAGAUUUUUUUUCUCAGAUCAGAGAGAGGGAGGAUCUUUUGUAAUAAUAUACAGAAGGAAGCUCAUCUGGUUGUGCUGUACCAGACCUGAAGAUUGGCUACAACUUGCUGGGUAGUAAUCGAAGAGUGGAUUUUUCUCUGCAAUCAGAGAGUGGGAUUUUUCAGAGAGACUGAUUUUUAGAAUUGGGAUAUUGGAGUUCGCGUUUGAUUGUGCUGCCGAUUGAUCGUUGCGGCGUCGAUGGCCGAGCGGUCAGAACGGACCGUGGAGGAGCUGUACAACGCGACCGAGUCGAUUGCCGAACUGGAGAUAAUACCAGUCUUGAAAGGGAGUUAUCGGAUGCAAGGACCUGUUGAUGAGACGGAUCAUGAUAUUGAGAAGAAUACGGUAUCUUCUCGACCUGAAACAAAAUUUGGGAAGUGUUCCAUGAGUAAGAAAGUUCCUAUGAGAGGCGAGUCUGGGACUUGUAACGUGUGCUCUGCUCCUUGUUCAUCUUGCAUGCAUUUGAACCAAGCUCUCAUGGGGUCAAAGACUGAGGAGUUUUCUGAUGAAAGCUGUCGUGGAAAUGUUACUAGCCAGUAUUCUUUCAAUGAGAGUGGCCCUUUAUCUUCUCUUAAGUGUCGAACAUCUGAUAGCUUACAGCAUACCGCCAGUGAAACCAGUAACAUACUCAGUGUUAAUUCCGGUCAUGAUCCUUUCUCGGAAAAUGCUGAUAGUAAAUCAACCUUAAGGUCGUCUGUGAUAUCUUAUGCUUCUGAAGAUCUUGAGAUGCUUCCAAAGUUGACUCCUGGAGAAAGAAUCUCAGAGGAUCAACUUUCUUUCAAACCACAGUGUGUUUUGGAUCAGAGAACCAUCCCAAAUAAGUACAAGGAAAUUAAGGCAGUUGAAGGCCAUGAUGAUAACAUUGCAUGUGUUGGUAGACCCAAAGAUGCAAGUGUAGGGUUUAGUAAUCAUAAAAGGAAUAUAAACAGUAGUGCAACUUCAGUCAGUACUUUAGAUCCAGAGGGAUCAUGGAAGGGAACACAAUUCAACAAGUUGGCCUCAUCAGAGAUUCCUUCUUCAAAAGAUGCAGAUGCUAGCAGUAAUUCACUGAAGGACAAAGUUCUGGAAUGCUCAACUGAACUUAUCAAUUCAACUAAAGAGGCAGCUUCUGAUAUUGUUUCUGUCCAGAAAUGUUUUGCACAUAAAGGUGACCUUAUUGGUGGCAAUUCUGAGGCUUCAAUGAAAAAUUAUCCAAAGUCAGAAGCAGAGACCGAGAAGGAUCAUGAGAACCCACCGAGUGAAACUUUGAAAUCUUUAGGUGAAGAUGAGCGUAAUGAUAGUUCGAAGGAGUUGGUUGAGUUACCUGUCAUGCAGGAGCCUCCUUUGCGAUCAGUUCUUGGGGAUGAGAGUGAGGAAUCUGACAUUGUGGAGCAAGAUGUAAAAGUAUGUGAUAUUUGUGGGGAUGCGGGUCGUGAGGAUUUGCUUGCGAUAUGUAGUAGGUGCAGUGAUGGUGCAGAGCACACCUAUUGCAUGCGAAAAAUGCUCCGAAAAGUUCCUGAAGGUGACUGGCUGUGUGAAGAAUGCAAGUCUGCUGAGGAGGAUUCUGAAAACCAGAAGCAAGGUUCGGAAAUUGAGGUAAAAAGAGCAGAAAAAGUUAGUUCAAGCACACAUGUUUCUGGCAAGAGGUGUGCAGAAAAUAUGGAAGUGGCUUCAGCAAAAAGGCAGGAGCUAGAAACAGGUACAGGAUCACCAAAGCCAUCGAGUCCCAGCAGAAUAGUUACAGGAUCACCAAAGCCAUCGAGUCCCAGCAGAUUAGUUACAGGAUCACCCAAGCCAUUAAGUCCCAGCAGAAUAGUUACUGAAUUGCCAAAGCCAUCGAGUCCCAGCACAGUAGUUGCUCUAUCUCGAGAUUCUUCAUUCAAGAGCUUAGAUAAGGCAAAAGCAAAGUCUGCUUAUCAAACACCUUCUUGCAAUCAAUCUGGUAAUGAUAUCCCAGAAACUGUGCGCACUCCUAUGACCGGUCCACGGCCUCAAACAUCCAAGGGUACUUUGUUUAAAUCCAAUUCCUUCAAUGCCUUUAAUUCCAAACCAAAAGUUAAACUUGUAGAUGAAGUUCCGCAAAAGCAGAAGGGUGCUAGAGAACAUACUUCCAUUGAUAUGAAGGAGGGGCCUGCCAGAAUGAUAAGCAAAUCCAUGUCAUUUAAACCUGCAAACUCAGGACGUACAAAUGCUAGUGAAUCAAAAGUUAAAAUGCUAUCAUCUAAUUUUACCCAUGUUCAAGAUCUAAAAGGAUUGAAACAAGCAAAAGAACGUGGUCCAUUUGAAAGAAAAAAUUCAUGUAAACUGGAACGCCCUCUAAUCAGUUCAACAACAGCUAGUUCCACUGUUUUGACAGCUAAGGUUGACCAAAAGCUCGGAUCUCGUGGUGAAACCAGUUUGCCUUCCUUUGUAAGUAACAACCGAGAUUCAAAGGUUGUACAGUCAGAUGGAAAAUUAAGUCUAUCGAAAGUAACCAGCAGUGUAGGUCGUAAAGGUGUAGAAACUCCAGUUACUUCAGCCGGAGCUUCAUCUACUAGUGGAAUGUGUGGCUCCACUGCUGAACAAAAGUUGAAUCAAGUUAGUUCUAAGGAUGAACCUGUAGCCACUAAUUCUUUGAAUGCUGAGAGGUCAUCCAAUAAUGCUGAUGGAACAGUGCAAGAUGGUUUGCAUUGGUCGCAGGAAAUAACUAAUCAGCAUGAGAAAACUAGGGAGAGUUCCAGUAUACGCUCAGCCACAAGGCCUACUGCUGCAAGUGCUGCCAAAGGUGUUUCUUGUAAAAAAUGUAAAGAAAUUGGGCAUGUGGCAGAGUUCUGUACGGUCAGUAUUCCACAGGCUUCUAGUACUGAUGUAUCUGCAGCAAGAAGUUCUAGAGAGGAAGUGCAUGAAGGCAAUAAGUUGAAAGCUGCAAUUCAUGCUGCAUUGCUUAGAAGACCUGAAUUUUACAGGAAGAAAAGAGUACUUGAUCAAUCUGAUGACUUAUCCAUAUCAAACACGGACUUGAAUUACGAAAUAGCUUCUCACGAUCAAAUGUUGGUUUCCAAUAAGAUGAAGGAUGCCAUGUCCACUGAAGGAAGUUCUGAAGGGCCAGCUAUUCUUGGGAGUUCUACCUCCGAAUCUUCAAAACAGACUACUGUCAAUAGUUUGAAGCAGUUUGGUUUGCACCCAAUUGAUGUUUCUUCUUCCAAAGUGGAAGACUCAUAUUCCAAUGCUGUUUCUGUUGGAAAGCCUACAAUAAGGCAAAUUCCUUGUCAAGCUUCCACUGUUCUCCUGAAGAAAUCAGUCAUUCCUGAACAUGAAUCUAUCUGGCAGGGGGCUUUUGAAUUGCAUAGAGGUGGAAAACUUCCAGAAUUUUGUGGUGGAUUUCAAGCACAUCUAUCAACUUGUGCAUCACCUAAAGUUUUAGAAGUGGCGAACAAGUUCUCCCACAAAAUUUCCCUGCAUGAAGUAUCUCGCUUAAGCACAUGGCCAUCCCAGUUUUAUGAAAGUGGCGCUAAUGAAGAUAACAUUGCUCUGUACUUCUUUGCCAACGAUAAUGAGAGUUUUGAGAGAAACUACAAGAGCCUGUUGGAUAAUAUGAUGAAGAACGAUUUAGCCCUCAAAGGGAACUUUGAUGGCGUCGAACUUUUGAUAUUUCCAUCCAACCAACUUCCUGAGAAGUCACAGCGUUGGAAUACAUUGUUUUUCUUAUGGGGUGUGUUCAGGGGAAAGAGGGUGAAUUGUACUGAUUUGUCUAAGAAGUUACAAAUUCCCAGUUUGAAUGUGGUUCCGCUGAACAAAGAUAUUCCCCCUGCUGUCAUGACCUUGUCUGAGAACUUGUGUUCAGAAAGGUGUAUAGAUGAAGAACUACCAGCAUGUGACAGAUCUUGCAAUCUGGUCCCAAAAUCCAAUGCUCCUAAUCAGCCAUGUGCCACAGCACGUGGGGAUUGUGAAAACAAUGUAACUCCGCUUGAGCAGCAAGAUAGUAGACCAUACUGGGAAUCCAUUUCAAAGAUACGAACAAGCAUUGUGCAGUCAAGCCAAGAAAUGAGACCCAGCAGUCCGUCCUUGAAAGGGCGGUGUCUUCCAGAAAGACUGGAUGCACAGAUCAAAACCUCGAGUCAUGCAUCUGGAAAAAGUGGCUCCAACAGUGGUGAGAAGAUACUAAAGCAUAGGGAUGAUUCUUCUGACACAGAAAAUAUGCCGUCUUCCAGAAAUUUUCCUGCUGGCAAUAAGGAGUGUUGUGUCUUGAGGGUGGCUGAGAACAAAAUUCAAGGUAGAAUGAAUGAAGUCCUAGAUCAAGUUAAAGUUGAGAGGGAAUUGAAGGAAGAUGCUAGUUAUGUGGAUACAGAGGAAGCUUGGGAGAGAGCCCUGACAAUUCUCCGGAAACGUCCCUACUUGGAUCUUUCAGAGACGUCUCCCCAAACUUCUAAUGGCACGAGUCAGAAAAUGCCCUGGAAUGAAGUGAGCACUAUGCCAAUUUAUGGAGAAAGUGGUGGUAAGAGGCUGAGGACAGGUUGCAGUGUAAUGCUUGGACAUAACGAUUCCAGAGGUAGGCAUUAUGGGAAUUGUAAUUUUGCAUCUCAGGUAAUUGAUCCGGGCCCCUGUUCUUCCAUCGAGAAGAAAUUUGACGAAGUUUGUGAUGAGAAAGUGAUUUUGGAGGACUUGGGAACUCAUGAAAAGUACCUAUUUCCUGUGGAUUCACAUAGAGUAAAGGAUUUUGGAUUUAGGGAGAACUCCGAUUCUGGGGAAAAGUACACACGGGAUGAUGAUGGGGUUCCAAAUCUUGAGCUUGCUUUAGGGGCCGAGACAAAACCAGCAACUAAAGGAAUGUUGCCUUUCUUUGUUGGGUCAGUAGGCAAGAAAAAUAACCAAAACAUACUACCAGAUGCGGUGACCAGGGAGGAUGAUGAUGGUGUCUCUGCAUCCCUUUCCCUUUCCCUCUCGUUCCCAUUUCCAGACAAAGAGCAGACUGUAAAACCUGUAUUGAAAGCGGAGCAGCUGCUGCCCGAAAGACAAAAUUUGAAUAACUCACUGCUUUUCUUUGGGGGCUUCAGGAACAAAUAGAAAUGCUGCUAUGUUGGCAUUAGUAUGUACAUUAGCAUGCCCCACAUGGUUGUGGUGAAUGUGUACUGGAUCAUGUACGCUGAUCUCCUGUGGGCACAGGCAUCAUAGGUGAACCCAUUUUCCAUAUGUUCAUACCCAUACAGGAUUUACCCCACCUUUUUUCAUUUUAGCUGUUAAUUUUUCCUUACUCUUUUUUUUUUUUUUUUAAUAUUUUUGAGUGCAUACUUACGGCUCUGUAUAUAUAAAGAGAAUGAAAGCCGGCACACUAUCGAAAUGUCAGUAGGAGUUUGCAGACCAAUGUGUUCAUCAAAAGGUUAUCUUUCUUUCUUUCC